AUGAAACUCGCAGUUAUUGUAUUGUCAUCAAUCUUGCUUGCAUGCUCAGUUACUAUUGCCAAUCCAAUUCUUCCCAGUGCAACUACAAGCACCGAGUCUAUCAUCUCGCCAACUCAUAAUCCAAACGGUAUAGGCUUAGGUGGUCUUGAUCCAAUUCCAAACAUCAUCAAGGAUUUGCUCAAGGAGUACAUAGAGCUAGAACAUGCGCUUGAAAAAAAAAUUCAAGUUUUGGGAUAUAUAUCUCAAACAAGCGGUGACGGUCCAGAAUAUAAUGUUGAAAUUCGAAAGAAUAAGCUUGAUUUUGAAAUCCAAAAAUCCAAACUUGCCAAUCUUAAAAAAAGUCUUCAAGGCUGCGAGUCCAAGUAUAGUUAUCUUACAGUUAAAGUAGAGCAAAUCAAUGUAGAGCUUGUGGAUCUCAUUUUUGGAGAAUCUUGGAAUCCUAAAUUAUUUGGUCGCAAACUUUAUGAUAUCAACUCAAAUCCUUUCAUUAGAAGUUACCUUGAAAAACAAUCAUUAAAAUACAACAACAGCUGGUGUCGAACACCUAGUGAUCAGCAACAGCGCAUAAAACCUAGUGAUCAACAAAGUCAAGAUUCACAACCAUCACCGGAUACACCAUCUGAAUCUGGAUCUGGAUCUGGAUACUUUGAACAGAGAGUUCCUUCCAAUAAACGGAAAGGUUUUUCCAAGUUUAUGAAUGGAUUGAAAUCACUCUUUCAGCGAUCCAAAAAUGACGAUUCAUCCAAUUGA